AUGUCGAACCUCAUUCUAGGCAACACGCCCCUUCGAACUUUUGAAGGUCACGAGGAGAUCGUAAGGGCAGUCGCAGUGUUCCCCGAUAAGCGACGAAUGGUUACGGGCUCGCAUGACAAGACACUUCGUAUUUGGGACUUGGAGAGAGGUGCUAUGUUGAAGAAGAUGGAGGGGCAUAGGGCUAGAUCACCCAAGGGCCUAUCAAAGCCUCAGGAUUUCGGAAUCUUCUCGGUGGAAUUUUCUCCUGAUGAUGCAAGAACUUGGCAGCAGGUCGGUCAUCAAUUCAUCCCUGGAAAGGCCACACUCAACGGAUCAACGCCAUUGCUAUUAAUCCCCCUGGCACCCUUGUCCGCUUCUGCAUCUAGUGACAACCAUGUCCGUCUAUGGCGGCUCUCAGAUCGACAAACCAUUGCCAUAUUCCAGCUUUCAUCUAACCCCUUAUGUGUCACGUUCUCUAUGGACGGCAGGCACAUCCUCAGCAGAGCUUAUGAUAACAAGAUCUCAGAGUGGGCAGUAGCCAGCAGUCCUUAUUCAAAGGCGAGUUUUCAAAAUUUCAUCCUCAACUCUCAUAACCCAAUUCGAGCAUCCUUCGUGCAGAUACUGCCUAUCACAGCAGCCCGCGACGCAUGUCUAAUCGGAGACCUGUCUACUGCUGAGGAGCUACUCACCCAAGAUAUCCAGACCGACGCCAACGACUUUACUUCAUAUGCCAAUCGCUCAUUCGUUAUGGCUCAGAAACACGCCUGGGACCAUGCCUUUGAGGAUGCAAUCAAAUCCAUUAGCAUUCAGCCUUCAUUGACAGGCUACAUAUCCAAAGGUAUCGCCCUCUGUGGAAAAGGCCUUGUCUGUGAGGCAAGGAUAGCAUUCGACGUCGCAUCCUUGUUCACAAACAAAGAUUUAGUCACAGACCACUUUCUUCUCUUGACAAAGGUCAUCGCACUCUUCAAUGCAGAUCAACACGAGGAAGCAAUGCUGCUCAUUAAAGAACUCGCUGCCGCUUGUCCGGAUAGAGAUCCUGACGCGCACAGUGUUGUAGAAACAUAUCUACGUCUUCAGCUCGGAAUUAAAGCUUUCGAUGGUGCGCGUCAUGACGAAGCUGUUGGCCACUUCACUGCCGCUGUCAACUCCGGCGCUUUCUCAUCGAAAAACCUUCAUUUUACAUACCAGGACCUGGUCGUGGCUUUCCUUUUGGCAGGUAAACCCGAUAAAGCCCUGGAAGCACACAAAUACAUGGUGGAUGUCAUUGAUGAAUCUGUGAAGGCCAACUGCCUCGAUUGGUCCAAAGGCAAGUAUUUAGUGAUGUCACCUGGGCUAUCAUACUCACCCCAAUUUGAUUCAGCUUUCGAACAAGAAUGCAUCGCGUUCUGUAUUGCCAACGGAGAUGCUGCCCUCAUUGCCAGCGAUUAUGACAGGGCCAUUUACCUAUAUUUGGUGGUAGUCGACUUGAAUUCUGCAUCAAAUGCUGUCUUUGAAAAUCGUAGUAAGGCAAAGUUGGGCAAAAUGCUAUGGACGGAAGCACUUCUCGAUGCGCAGAAGGUCAUUGAACUCGACUCUUCGUCUUAUAUUGGAUACCAUCUGAAGCAUGCAGCAUUCCAUGGUGCGCGGCGCUAUGAUGAAGCGAUUCAGGCCUUCCAAACGAUGCUCUCGAAAUUGGAAAAUGCAUCCGACAUUCAGACACAAAAGCUGCGCCAGCAGUAUCACACACCCUCUGAGGUAGAACAUAGUAUUCGACGGUUUAUUGACGCACAACUCGACAAUGCUCCGCUGCGUGUACUCGACACCACCACUGGUCUUUUAUGCGUUCAAGACACGCAGAUAAGCACCUUCAAAAUGAGCACAGAGUAUAAGGAGCUUGUGUCAUCAACAAUCGUGCAUGUCGACUUGCAAAAAAUGGGGCACAUUAAAGAGGUGGUGAAGAGGUACUUCCAAUAUGCCAUGCUGUCACACAGGUGGGAAGGGAAGGAGCCGCUGCUGCAGGAUAUCCAGGGCAAGGACGUGUACGAUUCGGAGUUGGAUCCGGUUGGCGGCAUGACAAAGCUGCGCUCGUUCUGCAAAACUGCUCGCGAUGCAGGGUAUAAAUGGGCAUGGAACGAUACAUGCUGCAUCGAUAAGAGCAACAACAUCGAACUCCAAGAAUCGGUUAACUCCAUGUUCGUCUGGUAUCACCACUCUGCGCUUACGAUUGUCUACUUGUCUGACGUUCCACCUUCGUCAAAGUCUGGCGCACUGGCAUAAAGUGCUUGGAACACGCGCGGAUGGACGGUUCAAGAAUUCAUUGCUUCCAAAGUCAUUCUCUUUUAUCAGAACGAUUGGACUCUUUAUCAAGAUGAUCACACUCCCAACCACAAGGAUUCAAUCGCGAUCAUGCAGGAGUUAAAGGAAGCGACGGGCAUAGACCAACCAGUCGUCCCAACCUUCCGUUCCAGCAUGCAUAACGCCCGAGAAAAACUUCAUUGGGCGUCAACC